AUCACAACGGAAUGUGCCAACACUCCUUUUCACUGUAAAAGCCUCUAGCACCUCGUCGACCAUCGACACACCCAUUACCCCAUUUUGGUGCCGGCAUCAUCAUUUGACGAAGAGGGAAAAAAUGGCGUCUUACAAGCUAGAAUAUUAUGAUUGCCGUGGGCGCGGAGAGGUUACACGUAUGCUGUUAGCUUUGGCCGACAAGAAGUACGAAGAUGUACGCUACUCAUUGGAAGAGUCUCAUGACGAGUUAAAGAAAAAGCUACCUUGUGGACAACUUCCUGUAUUUUAUGUAGACGGCAAACAACUCGUCGAUAGUUCAGCUAUUAAUUCGUACCUGGCCAGAGAGUUUGGGUAUUACGGUUCUAGCAGUUGGGAGGCCGCACUGAUUGACCAAGUUGUUGGCGUUGUUGGUGAUCUGUGGACCCCUCUUAUCGAGACAGCUUUUAUGCCAGACGAAGCAGCUCAGUUAGCAAAACAGAAGGAACUCUUUGAUGGAAAAGCUCAGGUUUUUUUAAAGUUUCUUGAAGAUAUGCUGUGCAAGAAUAAAGAGGGAGAUGGGUUCUUCGUUGGUGACAAGAUCUCUCUUGCUGAUCUGAAUUUCCACACCGCCAUGGAAAGUCUGGAGAAUCUAAAGUACACCGACAAGAACUUGGAUAAAUAUCCUAAGUUGGCAGCUCUCAGGGCUCGUAUCUCUGCCGAUAAAGGCCUCUCUGAAUAUCUGGCUGCAAGACCGAAGUGUCCGUUCUAGACUAACUAUGGCAACCAUGAACAAGGUCCUACUAUUGAGUUGCUUAAAGGCAUUGGACCCUUUCUUUACAGGAAAAAAAAAAAGUUCACAGAUUUACAAAUAAGUUACAGGGUUU